GCAAUAGAUACACAUCGGCCCGUCCGGCAAGCUGGCGGUGACGUGAGCGGGGCAGACUCGGCGUUUGUUCACAGUGUCGACCGAGCAGAUCGGCCUUCGUAACUUUGCUCUUCCUCUCUAUACAGACAUCAAAACAUACAAUGGCACCUCCGGCAAUCAUCGCACCUUCAAUCCUCUCGGCCGACUUUGGCGCCCUAGGCAAGGCAUGCUCAGACACCAUCGGCCACGGCGCUGACUGGCUCCACGUCGAUAUUAUGGAUGGCCACUUUGUACCCAACAUGACCUUUGGCGCUCCCGUCGUCACCAUGAUCCGUCCUCACGUCGACAGGCCUAGCGAGAAGCUCGGCAAGGGAACCUUUGAUUGCCACAUGAUGAUCGCCGAGCCAAAGAAGUGGGUCAAGGAGUUCAAGAACGCAGGUUGUGACCUGUACUGUUUCCACUACGAAGCCGCCAUCAACUCGACCGCCGCCGAAGAACCCUCGGCCAAGUCCGACAAGAAGACCAGCCCCAAGGAGCUCAUCAAGUAUAUCCACGACCAAGGUCUCAGAGCCGGUAUCGCUCUCAAGCCCGGUACUCCCGUCGAUGUUCUGUACGCGAUCCUGGAUAGCAAGACUCAGGAUGAGGUUCCCGAUAUGGUUCUCAUCAUGACCGUCGAGCCUGGUUUCGGUGGUCAAAAAUUCAUGCCCGAUAUGAUGCCCAAGGUCGAGGCUCUGCGCAAGCGUUAUCCCGAACUCAACAUCGAGGUCGACGGCGGUCUGUCCGAGAAGACCAUCGAUGUCGCUGCCGAUGCUGGCGCAAAUGUCAUCGUUGCGGGAUCUGCUGUCUUCGGCGCAAAAGACCCUUCAGAGGUCAUCGCCAAGCUCAGAGAAGCUGUUGAGAAGAGAAGAUGACUGGCCGCUAAGAUUUGAGAAAAUAUGAAGCCUUGCUUGGAAGCGACAAUAGACUUGUUGGUACACGAAAUAUACGACAUUAAUCCACUCAAACGAAAGACGUGAGCCGAGAACGGGGCCUUUUUGAUAC